CAUCAGAGAAGAAAAGGGGAAGAAGGAAUGAAGAAAAUAUCAAUCAGAUCGAAUGCAAUUUUGACGUCCGCUAUGAGAGAACACUCUCUCCUCUCACUUUCUCUCUCUACUUUCUCUCUCUAAAAUAUAAAACGAAGAACAGUAAACUCUCUCUCUCUCUCUUCCCCCCUCUCUAGUGAUUUAAGAAAGACUUUGAACGAAGAUUAAUUCAAAGAAGAAACCCUAGAAAAAAUAUAGAUAUAAUAUAUGUGUAUAUUUAAUGCCAAGAGACGAGACCAAGUUGAAUGAGGAGAGUAGUAGACUGUAUUGUUGGAUCGUAGUUCGCAGAGACUCAGUCACUACUGUUGAAUUUUUGCUCUGAAUGCGUUCUGGGUAAAGUUUAUCUAAUAGCUGGCAAAUUAUGCAAAGAUUCAUCCGAAAUCCAGCUGAAGAUUGUUCCUUUAUCUGAGUUAAGGCAAUUCUAGGAUGUCCACAAUCAAAUCCUGUUGCUUGCUUUUGGUUUUCUUUGACAACAGACUUGUGUUUAGUAACAUUCAACACCAUAUGCUCAGGCACAAAGGCUUUUCCCAUCUAUUGGUGCACAAUAAGGAGUCUGUAAUGUCUACGCUUGUUGGAUUGAUCAAGAAAUAGAAUUUCGUGCGUUUUGUUGUGUAAUUAUUUUGUACUUGAAUCCCGUGGGAAUUCACGUCCUUUUAGAUAGUGUUUAUGCUUGAAUAAGUGUUUGUACAAGAUUUGGAAAAAAAUGGUACCAUCUGGGCCAUCCACUCCAAUUGGUGGUGCCCAGCCCGUUCCACCUUCUCUACUGCGAUCGAAUUCUGGUUUAUUGGCUGGUCAGGGUGGUGCAAUGUCUUCACAGACUGCUUUUCCCUCUCUUGUAUCACCUCGUACUCAGUUUAAUAACAUAAAUAUGCUUGGCAAUGUGUCCAAUGUUUCAUCCCUCCUUCAUCAGUCUUUUGGAACUGGAGGUCCAAAUUCUGGACUUGCCGGUCCUGGAAAUAGUCAACGGGGAGUUAUUGAUACUGGAGCUGAGUCUGAUACAAUUGCCACUGCUGGAAAUGGAAUGGGUUUUACUCCCCCUCCAUCAUUUGGAACAUCAAAUAUGGUUAGCCCUGGUUCGUCGGGUCAAGUGCAGGGGCAGCAAUUUCCAAACCCUUCGGGUAACCACAUGUUGCCAGAUCAACAACAGUCUCAACAACUCGACCUUCAAAACUUCCAACAUAAUCAGCAACCAUUACAACAGUUUUCUGCCGCUCAGAGCAACCAUCAACAGCAGCAAUAUCAAUCUAUUCGGGGGGGAUUAGGUGGUGUUGGACCUGUCAAACUUGAAACACAAGUGACCAAUGAUCAACAUGCACAGCCUCCGCAGCAGUUGCAUUCUAUGAGAAAUGUUGGUUCCGUGAAACAGGAACCACAGGUGACCAAUGAUCAACAUGGACAGCCUCCACAGCAGUUGCAUUCUUUGAGAAAUCUUGGUCCUGUAAAACUGGAACCCCAACAAAUCCAGGCCAUGAGAAGCUUGGCACCCAUCAAGAUGGAAACCCAACACUCAGAUCAGUCAUUAUUUCUGCAUCAACAGCAGCAACAGCAACAAUUUCUCCACAUGUCCCGACAGUCUCCUCAAGUUGCUGCUGCUCAGAUUAAUCUUAUGAAUCAGCAGAGACUCUUGCAGAUUCAACAACAGCAGCAGCAGCAACAGCUUGCCUUGAAGGCUGUUCCUCUACAACGAUCCCAAUCACAACCGUCGUUUCAACCGCAAAAUAUGCCUCUGAGGUCCCCUGUAAUAAAACCGGUAUAUGAACCUGGGACGUGUGCGCGGCGGCUGACACGUUAUAUGUAUGAGCAGCAACACAGACCUGAGGACAACAAUAUUGAGUUUUGGAGAAAAUUUGUUGUUGAAUUCUUUGCUCCCAAUGCAAAGAAGAAGUGGUGUGUUUCUAUGUAUGGAAUUGGGCGCCAAACAAAUGGAGUUUUCCCACAGGAUGUAUGGCACUGCGAAAUAUGUAAUCGUAAACCUGGCCGUGGAUUUGAGGCUACUGCUGAGGUUCUGCCAAGGCUUUUCAAAAUCAAGUAUGAGAGUGGAACUUUGGAAGAACUUCUUUAUGUUGAUAUGCCCCGGGAAUAUCAGAACUCCUCUGGCCAAAUUGUCCUGGACUAUGCGAAAGCCAUACAGGAAAGCGUUUUUGACCAACUUCGUGUUGUCAGGGAUGGUCAACUUCGGAUAGUUUUUUCUCCAGACCUGAAGAUAUGCUCUUGGGAGUUCUGUGCUCGGCGUCAUGAAGAGCUCAUCCCUCGAAGAUUGUUAAUUCCUCAGGUUAGUCAGCUUGGGGCUGCCGCUCAAAAGUACCAGGCUGCUACUCAGAAUGCAUCAUCCAAUUUGUCAGUGGCAGAGUUACAAAAUAACUGUAAUAUGUUUGUUGUAUCUGCUCGUCAGUUGGCAAAAGCAUUGGAAGUUCCAUUAGUAAAUGAUUUAGGCUAUACAAAGAGAUAUGUGCGCUGCCUUCAGAUAUCUGAAGUGGUCAAUAGCAUGAAAGAUUUGAUUGAUUACAGCCGAGAAACUAGGACCGGGCCUAUGGAGAGCCUGGCCAAGUUCCCUCGGAGGACAAGUGCUACAUCUGGGUUUAGCGGUCAAACUCAACAAAUGGAGGAACAACAACCACCACCACAGCAGCAAACAAUGGUUCAGAACUCAAACAAUGAUCAAAGCUCCAUCCAGGACACCGUGAUGCAUGCAGCUUCUAGCAAUGGUGUAAAUAACUCUCUCAACUCAGCAUCGAACACUCCCUCCACUAGCGCCAUUGUUGGGCUCCUCCAUCAGAGCUCAAUGAACUCCAGACAGCAAAACCCUAUGAACAAUGCAAAUAGUCUCUAUGGAGGAAGCGGCACUAUGCCGAUUCCCUCUCCUGGUUCAUCAAGUACGAUACCACAAGCUCAACUCAAUUCUUCUCCAUUCCAAUCACCAACACCUUCCUCAUCUAACAAUGCUCCUCAAACUUCACACGGUGGCUUAGCAGCAGCAGGAGCUCAUAUGAGUUCUGCAAAUUCACCAAAUAUCUCCAUGCAACAAUCGGCUCUAUCUGGUGAUGCCGACCCAAAUGAUUCCCAGAGUUCUGUUCAGAAAAUAAUACAUGAAAUGAUUAUGUCUUCACAUCUGAACGACGUGAAAAAUGUCAAUGGAAUAUUGCCAACAGGCAAUAGUAUGGGUCUUAAUGGUGGCAAUGGUCUGGUGAGUAAUGGAAUUGCCAACAACAAUGCAGGAAUUGGGGGUGGAGGAUUUGGGAACAUGGGUAGCGGGCUUGGUCAAUCAGCCAUGAUUAAUGGAAUCCGAGCUGCUAUGGGAAAUAAUUCCAUGACAAUGAAUGGAAGGGUAGGCAUGACUACAAUGGCUCGGGACCCAAACUUGAAUCAUCAACAACAGGCUUUGGGGGACCAGCUGCUUAGUGGUCUUGGAGCUGUUAAUGGGUUCAAUAAUCCCCAAUUUGAUUGGAAAUCAACUCCAUGAAACGUUCUUUGGAUUCAAGUGAUAUUCUGGUCCUUGAUAACAGCUGCCUGAGCAGCACGGGAAACUGUGGAAUACCUUUGGCCCAGUGAAGAUAUAGCAGUAUGAUGAAUUGGUUUCGGGGCUUCCCUCUGAGCUAAUUUCGGAAAAGGGAAAUAUAUAGUGUAGUGUUCUAUCAUUGAAAUAUAUUAUAUCAUCGUAAGUGUUUUCAUUUUCUUCUAACUUUAUUUUCCCUGAUUUUAAUAUUCAACACAGCUGCUUAUAUUUCAACUAACAGCCUCGGAAUGGGAAUUCGGGAAGUGACUUAUUGCGUGGUGGAGCUCUCUUGAUAUCUACUCCUGUGUUCCUUCUUCUGAGCCAUUUGUAAACUAGAGUAUUUGCGAGUAUCGCUUUCCUGUUCUCUUUCUCAACAUGAGUGUAUAUAUUCUAAGGUUGGUUUGGUAAAAGGUUUAAUGUAGAACUUUCUACAGCUCCUAGAGUUGAUUUUCAGUGGUUUAAUUUUGAUGUUUAUUGGUUUAAUUUCU